AAUAAACGUCCUAUUCUAACCAAACUGGAAUGAACGAGUUACGAAACACAGAAAUCGAUCUGGCAAUGGGUUUCUUGCAAAAUAAAUAAAUAAAAGCAAACAGACACAACCUUCCUGAUAGUGCAUUCGCAACAAAAAUCCCCGAACAUUAAUCUCAACCCUCCAUUCAGCGACCCAAAUUCUUCCUCCGAAUUACUUCAAGUAAAUUCGGUUGUUGAUAAUCCUGAGCUCGAUGCAAAAAAAAGGUGCACAAUGCUAUAUUUCUCUCCUUCACUCACCAUCAUUGUGUCCGGUCGUUGUCUCGCUCCGUACAGCAUCCGAAACAGGGGUUGAUAAGCCGACGGUAAACACUGUCUACCCGCGUAAAGCCAUUGUAAUUGCAUCACUCGCUGUACUGUAGCAUCAAUCAUGAAGAAAUCAACACGUUUGACGGUGUGUAUUUGUCUUCUUUUGAUGGCGAUCACUGCGCCACUGGUUUUAUCCGACGAAACGGAAGAGCAGGAACAGAGCAGCCAGGAAGCGGUUGUACACGAUGGUCAGGAUGCACCGGCACCGGAAGCUGACACUGAAGUGACCGAUGGUGAAACGACCGAUACGGAACAGCAGGAGGAAACGGAAGGAUCAGAACUGGUUCAGGGAGUGCUUCCACAGCAGAUAAAUAUCCUUAUGGUACCGGCUGCCUGUAAACCGGGCUAUCGUGUCGACCAUAAGGGCAAGUGUCGUCCGUCUCUGUGA